AUGGGCUCGACAAGGGCCCAGCAAGCUGAUGACUCUACUAGCAUUGCCGUAACCCCAACUCUUACCCAAUGUUUUGGUGCCAUGGUCCAGAUGAACUUUGGGUACAACCAGCGCGAUCGAUUCCCCGAAUUCUUCCGAGAGGACUCGACCAUGUCAUACGCCAGAGCAGGUACGUAUCAAGGAUUGGAUGAAAUCACGGAAUACGUUGAUUUCAUCCAAGCAGGAUACAGCGCUUUUGUGGAAGAGUCUGAUGGAACCAAAGACGUAGAGUUCAGAGGAAUCGGCCCCAAUGGCACUUGCGAGUUUCGAAUCCUCCACAACAGUUGGUUUACGAUUGGCAACGAGAAUUCCAGAGGAGGUUCCUACAAUGCCACGCUCAUCACUGUGUUGGAGAUGGAUCCGGUGGAGAACUACAUCACUAAAGUCUUCUACCAGUACCCGGAUGCCUUUGCACAAGCAAUUUUUGAUAUCAGUCUGAACGACGAUCGCACCCGUCGCUAUGUCUGCAAGACUAUGAGGGAUUCGUGUCCUGCAACAUGGGCACUGAACCAAGAGGUCUUUGCCGAAGUCAAUGUGGUCAUGUCAAAGACUGGCAAUGAUACUGACUCGGACUUGCUUGCUUGUAUGGAAGCCCUAAAGGGACUGCCAACUCUAACAGAUGGGGUCUAUGCGGAUGGGAACUCUCAGGCUUGCAGGGCUCUCCAUGCCCAAUUUGCAGGCACCAACAACCAUCACUGUGCCCAUGUCAGUCUUGUGCCCCAACCAGACCCAAAUGGUGUUAUCAAGUGCCAGGAAUCCAAGCAUAUUGAGGUUUCGGACUACUUUACAGAAGAGGACUUACAGAAGUACGAUGCCUAUGUUCAAGCCAGUACCAAUCGAGUGGAUUAUCCCUCUGGUUUUCGUUUGGUUUCCUUGGAAGAUGGUGACGAUAGCAGUGACGGUUUGCAGGCAUCUUCUGCGUUUGUUGCUCCCUCCCUCUCUUAUUGGUCUUGGUUUUGGAAUCAUUGCCCAUGUCUAAUUGCGUUGCUUGCUGGUCUAGCCUAA